AUGUCUGCUCGCAGCUGCAGGAGACAGCCUGUGUGGGGAUACCUCCCCAACCGCACGCCUGCGCGCCUGCGCGUCAAGGCCCCGCCUCCAGGGAGGGAGGAGCAGCCCCGAAAUAGCGCCCACCCGAACCCUGCAUUAGGAGGUAGAGGGCAAACCAGCGGGAGACGGAAGAUAAGGGGCUGACGGGACCUUCGCUCUCGCGACCUUCGCUCUCGCGGCUUUUUCUCGCGAGAGUCGUUCGCCUGCCGCCGCCGCCGCCGCCGCUAAGACCCUGCCGGGGACGGUUUCGCUCGCGAGUUUCUUCUUAGUUGCGGGCGGCCCCGCAGGCGGUGGUGGCGGUGGCGGUGGCGAGCGAGGGCCCGCGACCUGGGAUCCUCGCUGCCCGGGUGUAUCUCUAUGAAUAACUUAAAUGAUCCUCCACAUUGGAAUAUCCGGCCUAAUUCCAGGGCAGAGGGUGGUGAUGGAAGCAGAUGGAAUUAUGCUCUACUGGUUCCCAUGCUGGGAUUGGCAGCUUUUCGUUGGAUUUGGUCUCGAGAGUCUCAAAAAAUAAUAGAAAAAGAAAGAAAAGCAUAUCAACAAAAGACAAUUGCUUUCCAACAGGAUCUUGAAGCGAAAUACCGUGAUAUUAUCUCAGAAAAUCGUCGUGCAGUGGCUCAUUUGUCUGUGGAGCUUGAAAAGGAACAUAAUAGAACAACUAGCUAUCGUGAAGCCCUCAUCUCUCAGGGUCGAAAAUUGGUGGAAGAAAGGAAACUCCUGGAACAGGAACGAGCACAGGUAAUGCAAGAAAAGCAGCAGCUACAACCUUUGAAAAGUGUAUAUCAACACUGCCUGGAAAAGGAAGAAAACUGGCAAAAAAGGGCUGCCCUUUUGCUGAAAGACUUUGAAGAAGCACUGAUAGAGCGACAAAAUAUCUACUGUAGUCUGGUUCUCCCUCGGAACAAGCGCCUAGAAAUCGAGAAAAGCUUGUUAGUUCGAGCAUCCAUUGAUCCAGUUGCUGCUGAUCUAGAGAUGGUAUCUGGUUUAACAGAUAUAUUUAAGCACGACACAUAUUGUGGAGACAUGUGGAAUUCCAAUAAACGUCAGAACGGGAGGCUCAUGUGGCUUUAUCUCAAAUACUGGGAAUUAACUGUUGAAUUGAACAAAUUUAAGAGAGUGGAAAAAUCCAUAUUAGAAAAAUAAGAAAAACAUGGAAUAGGAAGGCUUCUCUUAUUGACUAUGAAUGGAGUAAGACUAGACUGACUGACAUUCUGGGGUUCUGGUUUUCCCAAUAUCUUUUCUUUUUUCACUGCAGUUGUUACCACAUAUACUGCCAUUAAAGCAGAAUGUCUUCCUAGCUGUGGAUUAGCUGGCAUGCUUUUAAAGGUUGCUAAGUUUUUUAAGUAGUUGCAGUUUACCUUUCCUUCCCUGAGGAGGCAACAAGUUAAUAACUCCCUAAUGUACUUGGCUUGCAGCUGUUAAAGAUUCAGACUCUCUGAAGCUUCUCCUAUACCACUGAUAUUUUCAAUAACAGAGCACCAUUACUUGGCCUACCACCAAAUUCACUUUGAGAAAGAAUUAUAAAAUGAUUAGUGCAAAAGUGAAGUAGUACCUUACUCUGAAUAUAAAUAACUUUGGUCUGUUUUUAUCAUCCCCUUAAAAGUGAUGGUUUCCCUUGAACCAUUUAAUCUCAUAGCAUAUUUUCCCCCCAAAAUAAAAUAAAUUCUAUGUCCUAAAGCUGACAGUGCAAAAUAGUGCUACUUAUCUUAUUAAUACAGCUAUAUCAGGUUACUUAAACUUGCCAAUGUUUUCUGUAUCCAAAUGUAUGCACUGUUGAAUGAGAUUUAGAUUGUAUUCAAUGUGCAGAUUUUAGUUAUGUCAUUAGUGAAACAUGAAAAUUAAUACUAGCAUGAACUAUCAAAAAUAGUCCUUUAAGAAUAUUAAUCAUACUUUAUAUGUCGCACUUUACAAAGCAUUAUUCUCAUAUUUAUGUAAUAUCCCUGCAACAACUUCAUGAGGACAGAUAGUAUUCUCAUUUCAUAUAUGAGGAAACAGACUCUGAAAGCUUAUUGAAUCUCCAUUAGCAUUGCUAGUAAAUGGCAAAGGCAGAGACCUGGUUGGUACUCUUUCACUCAAGUAUAUUUUCUAUCCAAAUAGUAAAUAAGAGAAACUGUAAGAAACAUGAACCUUGUUAUUUAAAUUCAUAAUUAGGGUAAUGCUUUGCUGGAGAGCAACAAGAGGGAUAUUAACAUGUUUUCUACAAACUGUGACCUGGUCAUAGAAUGAUUUCGUUUGACUGGGUAUUCUUUCUUGGUGUUCAGUAUCAAAAUCAAAUUGAGCCAUUAUUAACAGCUUCCUCUGAUUGCAUCUGGUUUUGUUUUUGUUUUCAGAAAGGGCAUACAUUAUCAAGUUUAGCACAAGGGAAGAGAAAGAAGAUUAUGAAAGUUUUUCACUAUGCACGUUUCUAAAAUGAUAUAUGGAACUUUGGGUAAACAUUGAAUUGAAAUUCGCUUUAGAAAAUUAGAGCUUUUCAAAUGGCCUAGUGCUUUUUGUUUCCCUGGGUGCUCGUAGUCUCACUUGUCUAAAGUGUUGGAUCACUUCACCAUCAUUUAGCAUAAGGCUGAAUAUGAAAAUGAUAUCUUUAGGUAGGUGUGGCCCAAGAAGUUCACUGUAAUCUUCUGUAUUUCCUAAAAUUUUAUAUCUGAGAUUAUCUAGUCAAUAAUUCCAUUGAUUAUUUAACCUUAAAUAAAUCAAUUAGAAUCCCAGAUUCCUUGAUUUGGAAGGUACCCUAGAGGUCAUUUGGCUCAUUCCAUUUUAUCACUUCACCCUCACUCUUCAUCUCUUCAAUAAAUGAAGAAAAUUAGUCAGCUUUUAGUUUUUUACUUUUUUAGAUGAUCCAGGGUGACUUUUUAAUCCUUCCUUUUUAUCUUCCUUCAAUUACUCCCUUCCCGAAAUCUAGCUGAAGUGUUGCUCAUGGAGUGCAAACUGAUUUAGAUAUGAGCCCAAAUAAAACAAUUAAGAAUAAAAUUAAUUAGGAAUCAGUAUGAUUGUGUGCUUCUUCUACAAAAAAAAAAAAAUUACAGUUGUAUCUCCCAGAGUCAGGUAGAAAUAACCUGGAUUUUCCUUACCCCAGCUGUCCUCUAUUAGCAUGAUUAAUUGAGAAUUGACAUCAUUUUAUUGCUCUUCCUCCAAGGCAUCUAUAAUGAGUGAGAUAUCUAUAUGAUCCAAUAAAAAUAAGAAUAUAUUUAUGGACAUUUUUAUUAGUAAAGAAGAAAAUGAAUAGUGGACCAAAUACUACUUUCGUAGUCUUUUUUUGCAAAACCAAAUGGCAAUAUAAGGGCUAUACAUUAAAACGUUGGUGAACUUGAUCCUGAGAGUUGUGACAAUGAUCAAUGAAGUAGAAUAUAGAAAAUUUAGCAGAAUUCAGAGAGCCCUCUUGUUGCUCAGGGAGGAAGAUUGGAACCAGGAAUGGCUCAAGACUUUUGGGGAUAUGAGUGCUACUGGCAUGUUACAUACAGGAUGAUAAAUUAUCCAGGAACAUGGAAGAUAUCCUUUAUGUGGGGAUGGCAGAGAGAGAAGUAGCUAUCACAGCAUGUGGCAUUUGAUUAUUUUUAAGUUAAGAGGUUUAGGGGUAAAUUAUAUAUGUGUAGGGUGAUGGUGUGUUUCUUUGUGGUUCAGAUUUUUUAAACUUUCACAUUGUGAAAGUGUCCAUUUCAGGGUGUUGUGUGAUGUAAAAGGGGUGAGCACCAGGACUAACCUCUUGCUAUUUGCAAAAAUCAAAUAAAAAAUAGAUAAUACUGUAGAGUUAGUAAUCUGUCCCCCCCCCCAAAUAUUAUUGUCCUUGAAUUAUUUUUUUCUAAAUUCCUUGUCAGGAAUGGUAAAUACAGUGUUCCAAUGAAAAUGCCAUAGAAGUGGAAAAACUGCACAUAUAUUUCCCCUUUUAUAUCAUACUGUAGGGGAAAACACUCAUAAGAACAUUUGUUAUAGUUAGUCCUAAAGCACUUGUAUUUUUCUUAAAGAAGUGUGGCUAAUUAAAAUGUGUGUCAGUUAUCUUUA